ACAGUGUAUAAACCAAAGACCACAGUGUCAGUCAGUCCCUCUGGUGAAAUAGUGGAGGGCAGUUCAGUGACUCUGACCUGCAGCAGUGAUGCCAACCCACCUGUCCAGAGUUACACCUGGUGGUACAAGAAGAAUGGAGGUAACUAUCAGAGUAUGACAGGACCACAGCAUGUCUUCAACCAAAUCCGGUCAUCUGACACUGGAGAGUAUUACUGUGAGGCCUGGAAUGAGAUGGGGACAGACAGGUCUAGGACCAUUAACAUGGAUGUGAAGUAUGGUCCAAGGAACACCUCAGUGUCAGUCAGUCCCUCUGGUGAAAUAGUGGAGGGCAGUUCAGUGACUCUGACCUGCAGCAGUGAUGCCAACCCACCUGUCCAGAGUUACACCUGGUGGUACAAGAAGAAUGGAGGUGACUAUCAGAGUAUGACAGGACCACAGCAUGUCUUCAACCAAAUCCGGUCAUCUGACACUGGAGAGUAUUACUGUGAGGCCUGGAAUGAGAUGGGGACAGACAGGUCUAGGACCAUUAACAUGGAUGUGAAGUAUGGUCCAAGGAACACCUCAGUGUCAGUCAGUCCCUCUGGUGAAUAG